AUGUCGUUAAAGUUAGUAAAUCUUGUUUUCAAAUUUGGAAGUUUACUAUCACUUACACCUGCCAAGAUAGAACAAAAUGGGCUUGUGUUUCCAUCAAAAAUAUAUUCACUACUCUGGAUAAUACUAUUCUCUGCAGGAGUGUCAGUUUCCGCUGUUUAUAGAAAACCUUCAUACGAAGAAAUGCCUUCGAUAUUACUUAUGGUUCAAGUAGCUACGGAUGUCUCUUUAUUGAUUCUAAAUAUUUCCWCUAUUAUAAUAACAGCAAUGAAGAAGCGUCAGUGGCAAAAAUUYAUCAACAUUUUGGAAACUCUUGAAAUWGAMAAAGAGAACGGAAGAAAAUGUUGGUUUUUAUCUUUUCUAUUAACAAUCUCUAUAUACGUUUCAAACAAAAUUUACGAAACUUAUGCUUUGGGUUCAAUAUUUGGUGUCGAACACUACAAAAUGUAUGCAGUGGAGUAUUUUCAAACUUUUGCCCAGUUUAUUGUYUACUAUUUGRUUUAUGUAUUUUUGAARCUGAUAYUGAACRGAGUUGAAAAUCUGUCCAAGAAUAUUAAUCUUUUGAAGGUGCAAUGUAAUCAACUAAAUAAUUUUACUUUGAAGAGUAUAAAAAAGGAAUUUUGUGCAUUGGCAGAAUGUGUAGAUAUUUUUAACAAUAUUUUUGGUUGGUUAAUAUUAUUGAUGAUACAGUUUUGUUUUUUCCAACAAUUAUCUUAUUUGCACAGUUUGACCGUCACUAAUAUGACAGAAAACACCAUCUUAGGUGUUAUAUUCAAAAUAACGCAUGUUACUUGGCACAUGGUAGGGACAUUUAUUGGUGUCUUUUUGUGUGAUCUGAUAGAACAAAAAGUUUAUAACAUGCAAUUGGUAGCGCACGAAAUUGCAGCAAUUUCUGUAGGAGGAAAAGAAUAUGAAGAAAUAAAAAUGCUUGUAGAUGUCAUCAGCAACACUUUUCCUCACUUUACAGCCGCCAGAUUUUUUGAUUUAAAUCGAAAAACGAUUCUUGGUGUACUUAAUGCUCUUAUUACGUUUUUAAUUUUUGCUAUUCAAUUUGAUUCAUUUUGA